AUGUCCACCAUGUGUUUUUCCUAUGUCCUUCUGGGUGCCCUUCGCUCAGAGGCAGGUUGUCCAAGAUUUCGUUGCUUCAACCAUUUGGGACUUGGGGCUGGAUCACCCUCAUUCGCGCCAAUGACUCGGCUGCUGCAACUUAAUUCUCUUCAAGGGCGCUUCACUAUUGGAGCCGAAACUCAAGAAAGCUCCACCAGGCUGGCAGCCAUGCAGUGGUCAAUGCCUGGAAGGAUGGGUUCUCUGGGCCCAGAUCUUCCCAUGUUUCCUCAGUCAUUCUUGGGUGGAGCCUAUCCUCGAUCAUCUCGAGCGGUUUCGAGAGCUUGUAACCCUACUGGCUCAGCAGGAGAAGAUAUCCGGAGUGUCGAUCUCGCAGCAUCUGUGGCGCAUUCCCGCGGUCGAUCGGCCAUGGUUAUCAUGUUUAGACGGAAAGACUCAAAACUGUCGACCAACGACGAGAAGGACGACCGCGAGUCCUUUGUGUCAACCAGCAGUACAAGAACUUCAAAUGCAUCAAUGAAGGUUCCCAUGACAAUUAAGACUGUAAAUGGCGGAUCUGUUACAAUCCCGGAGGUCCCAGUCGCGCCUCCACCAGACCCAAACCUGGACCCAGCAGCUUAUCUACGAAGCAUUCAUUCUGUUCGCCAACGAUCAAGAGCCGUUAUGAAAAAAGCGAAGAGAAAUCAACUGAAUCACUUCGAUAUUGAUUUUAGCAAGUUUGCGGACACAGCUCAAUACGUUGCGUCCAUUAUCAAGCGGGAUUACGCCCCCGAUUAUCAUGCCAUACCCGCCCAUAGUCGUUGGCAUCAUUUUGACGUUGGCGGGAGACCUCGGAUCAACCAACUCCUACAAUCAUGGCCUAGUACCAUUGACACGUUUGAACGGACUAGGCGACUGAUUGACCUCUUUCUUAUAUCGGUCUUGUUGGACGCUGGGUCCGGGAGUAAGUGGUCGUAUAAAUCUAAGGAAUCGGGAAGAAUCUAUAGAAGAAGUGAAGGUCUAGCGGUCGCCAGCCUGGAGAUGUUUAAGACCGGCUUAUUCAGUAGUGAUCCCACUGAGCCGUGCCAAGUGGAUGGCGCAGGCUUGAAAAAGGUCACUGUAGGGCAGCUUGCGAAGGGGAUGCAGCAUUCCGAAAAUAAUCCAUUGCCCGGGCUGGAAGGACGGGCUGGCUUGCUGAUCAGGUUGUCAGAAGCGCUGAACAACCAAGAAUUUUUCGGGGUUGAUGCGAGACCAGGAAACAUGCUUGAUUACCUUCUUUCCCACCACACCACUCUCGCAUCCUCCGUUCCCAUCAUUUCUAUUCCGACGCUGUGGUCCGUGCUUAUGGACGGGCUGUCAUCGAUUUGGCCCCCGUCUCGAACUCAGGUUGACGGCGUGUCUAUCGGAGAUGCCUGGCAUUGUUCUGUCAUAGCAUCGCCGCCGGCAUCGAAAUCUUGGGAGAGUAUUGUUCCGUUCCACAAGUUGACACAAUGGCUCUGCUACUCACUCAUGGCACCGAUGACAAAAGUGAUGAAGAUUCAGUUUUCCGGGACCGGACUUUUGACGGGGCUACCCGAAUAUCGGAACGGAGGACUUCUCAUCGAUAUGGGCCUCUUGAACCUGAAACGCGAAGAUGCUGAGCGGGGCAUCCAGGCGUAUAAAUCCAACUCAAUGAUCAAAGGCCAGCCAAAUGUAGAGGUAGUUCCACUUUUUACGGUGGACGAUGAUGUGAUUGUGGAGUGGAGAGCUCUCACAGUCGGGUUCCUGGACGAAUUGCUUGAGGAAGUGAACAAUCUACUAGGUCUACCUUCUGCGGAGCGUCUAACCCUUGCACAGAUGCUCGAAGCUGGAACUUGGAAGGGAGGGCGUGAAAUUGCGGAGGUUUCUCGGCCAAACACGAAAGAAGCCCCCAUUAUGAUUCUUUCCGAUGGGACUGUCUUUUAACUGUAAAUUCGUUACAAUGUCCUAUUCGCGUCUUAUUCCAUUCAUGUUUCAUGGUGUGAUAUUGGGCCUUACUAAUGAUAAUGAUACCUUCUCCUUCGUCAUCCGUUAUAUUGUGACCUUCUUUAUACUAUUUCAAACCUGUAUCCUUCGGAUAUUCUCUUAUGUUCUGCUCAACUUUCUUAAUUCCCACCCUUUUGAUAUGCGCAUCGAGAGUUGCCGAGAAAUGCUUGGCGAGAACUUACUUGCCAAAGGUUGGAUUGGUAAUUCCUAUUCGUUAUCUCUUUCAAAUUUAAAAGCCAUAUAGGUCCGCGACUGUCCACAUUUCCCUGUUUUGGAGGUCAUUGUCAUUGCUUAAUUAUGGCGGGAGGCAGGGGA